GAUUGUCAACACUCGUCGCACGCUGAUGACGUAGCAGAGAAGGCACGUUUGUUUUAGUCGCGAGCACGGCACAUGAGGACAUCAACAUUAACCAACAUCGACUGAAACACGGUCUCUUUGCAAGCAACAUGGGGAAGAAUAAACCAAAGGGGAAAAAACAUAAGAACGUCUUUCAAGUGGCAAACAAGCACACGAAGCACAAGAACAAAACAAAGCCUGUCACCACAACGCUAAAACACAUCACUGUAUUGAAAAAGGAGAAGGUAGAGAGCCUCAAUAAGAUCUUCACAGAAGUCCAGAGGGAUGUCACGAGCAUUUCAAAGUCUGUUGCUCCCGAAAAAAAGAAACUAACACAGGUUGUCAAAGAGCCACCGAAGGAGUCUGUAAACAUCGAUAGUGCCGCUCAACUCUUCUCUCAGCUAUAAUGGAACAUGAAAGAUGGACUGUCAUAAGCCUCAGGCAAACACAUGUUGUAUGAAAUGUCACAAUCAGGACUGUAAAUGUGUUAAAAAUUAAAAACAGCUACGGUUUAUUGCAUGUGUGUAUUUUAAACAUUCUAUAUAUUAAAUGCAAAGAAACUGAAA